GGCCGCUCUCUAUUCCUAUUGACGUGUCACAGAGGGCGGUCACCUGAUGAGCACGUGACGUACCUGAGGGCAGCAAUUGGCUGCGCGUUGGCGGCGGAUGAGUUUGAAUCCUUCUGUUUGGUUUCCGGCUUUGCUGAACGGCUCGGUGAGGGACCUUGGUUAUCAUCAUGGCGCCAGGAAAGAAAAGAACCAACCGUGGUCAGAAGACUCGUGCUAUGAAAAAUGUGAAGCUGGCUUCCUUCAUCAAGGACUUUGAUAGUCAAGUGAAGAAAAUAGUAGAAGAAUUAAAAGCCAAUGUUGUGAGCACUCUGAAGGAAGUUGAUGGCUUGUACAAUAUUGAACUCAUCAAGCUCCCCGUAGCUAUCAGAGAGAUGUGCUGGCUGGAUGUUUUCGCAAAAGGAGGCAGCCUUAAAGCUCUGGAGGCAGCUGCAAUGGUCAAUGCUGACAUGGAGCAAGUUACAACAAGUGUUUCUCAAACACCUUUCAAGCCUGCCAAAAAAGCAAAGAAAGCAAAGGCCAGCUCUAUUGAGGAAAUGGUGGAAAAUAUCCCAGUGACUAGUGCACUCCGACAAAGAACAAAUAGUAAGGUUUCCACUAAAAAACUUGGUACUGCAAGGAAAGCCAGAGUUUCUGCUGCAAGUACCACUACCAAGAGAACAAGCAAAAGGACCCGUGCAACCCCCUCCAACAGCAGAUUGGCAGAUUCUUCAAUGGUGGGCUACACUCCUUUAUUAACACCAAAAAUUGAUACCAGGGUAUUUAAAACUCCAGCACUGAGGACACCGGCUAUGCGAGAACCAGUCUACACCUUCUCAGCUAAUGGCAGUCCAUUGGCAGGAAUGAAUGACUUGUUCAUCAAUUUACCAACAGAAGAUGGAAAGAAUAUUCGGCUGACUGCUGAUGCCAUGGAUGGUAUAAACAUGCGCAAUCUUGACCAGAAAGCAUUUGAAAAUAUUAAACUUUUAUCAAGUCGCCUAGAAAAAAUCUGUAAGACGCUAAAAUAACAAGUCACUUUUUUUUAUAUAUACUUUUUUUAUUAGUUUGAUUUUAUAUUUUGGUGCUGUUUUUUUGAGUACUGCUGUAAAUACUUUUAUUUCCUAUAUUUUAUGACUGUAGAACUAUUGUGUUAAGCCACUUUCUGUUGGAAUUGAAAAUACAUUGUUUCGCUUGUAACUGCUUUGCUGUAUAUCUUAACACUUGUAAACUAAUAAAAGCCCACAUAUCACCUGGGCGAAAGUUUGACUGUAAUUCACUGGCUAAUACCUUUUGUAUGAGGUA